UCACUCAGAAUGCACAUGACACAAAGUUCAAAAAUUUCUGCCACCUACAUAGCCGUAGCCGUUAACCCUCUCGUGGGCUGCUUUUUGUGUGAUCAUUUAUUUUUGGGCUUCAGCCCGGCCCAAUUUCGAGGGCAAUACCAGGGCCAGUCCACUGUAGUAGCAACAAGUCUGUGUCAAGAAUUGCCGGCGUAUCUUCGAACAACGUACUAUACCGCCUCGCCUUCGUUGAAGACUACACUCCGCCGUCGAAGCAUGUCGGGUUCGGUACACUGCAUCUCGAGGAGCUUUUCAGCAGGAUGUGAGACACCCUUCUCAGGAGCUUCUGGAAAAGCUGCAGGCUCGUCAAUCCAGUCUUCCCUCAGUGAUUGCACACUCAUUUCCAAUGUGAAGUUUUCGUCUCUGAAAUAUGUUUCCGGCCGGAAACUAAUCGUCUGCAAUGCAAAUUCCGGAAGUUACAGGAGGAACCCUGAUUUCUCGAGGCAAAACAGGCAGGGAUUUAGAAGCAGGAACACCAGGUUUAAUGAAAGGAGGGAUGAUUUCAAUGAGUUUGAAGAAUCUGAAGUUCUGAUAUCGAAAAAUGGACCUUCACUUGCUGUGUCUGGUAACCAGAAGUCUCAGGGGACGAUGGCGCCGGGGAAUAAGGAGAGGGAGAUCGUUGAGCUUUUCCGGAAGGUGCAGACUCAACUUCGUGAAAGAGCAGCGACGAAAGAAGAAAAGGAAGUUGAGAAUUCAGAGGAAAAAAGCCAUGAAAAUGGGACUGUCGAUUCGCUUCUCAGGCUUCUGAGGAGGCACUCGGUUCAGAAGGGGAAGAUUAACCAGAGCAACAAUGCAGGGCACAACGAUUUCGUCCUGGAUCAUCAUGAAACAAAUGGCUCAACUGCUGAACAGGGCAGCACCGGCAGUGUUGAUUUGAAUGCACAAGAAAACAUGGAAUCACGGCUUAGCCGUCCAAAGUCGAGUUUUCGCAAAAGAUCUCCAGUGCCAGAAACCAAAUUCCAGCCUGCUUAUUUUGACAACUCUGUUGAUUCUGCAAUACAGGGCAAUGGCAUUCAUGAAGUCAAGAUGGAAUCCGAUGAUGAGGAGGAACAAUCCUUGAUUUCAAAUGAUGCAACUUCUGAAAAUGCAUUUGAUGAGAUCUCUGAAGAUGAAAAUGCCGGCAGUGAUGGAGCUGCGGACGAGGCCGGCAACUUAAGUGGAUUGAAGCUGACAGAACUUAGAGCUCUUGCCAAGUCCAGCGGCAUUAAAGGAUUUUCGAAGUUGAAGAAGCAAGAGCUCAUUGAAAUUCUGAGUUCGAGUUCGAGCUUGAAUUGAUGAUGAAAAGCUUCAUGGAAAUUUAGCAGAGGUAUGAAUUACAUGCUCCGAAUCCUCAAGAAUCCAUGGAAGAAACUCAUUCAUAGUUUGUUUAUUUGAGUUCUUUGCUUGUUAGGGUAUAUACACUGCAUUUUUAUUAAUUAUGGCUUUUCAGUGACAUUAACAUUAUCUUAAUUGUUUUCCAGAUGGGAUCAUAGAUCUUUCUUUAUAUAUAUAUAUAUAUAUAUAUAUAUAUU